AAUUGCAAAAAUCCCGUUACUUUGGAGCAAAUGGUAAAUCGGUUACGACGUCUUCUUCACUCAUCCACCUCCCUCCUCCUCCUCCUCCUCCUCCAACCUUGUUCAAAUCAAUUAUCAGUUUUCAAACUCAAUCACAGCUUGAUCGAGCUCUGAAACCUCUCCCAGAUCUGACUGACCACUCACCAAAAUCCAUUCAAGCUCUCUCUUCGUUUUUUGUUGGACCAAAAACAUGCAUAGCCGGGCAUCGCAGAACCGGCUAUCUGGUUCGGCUUUUCACUCUCGAAUUUCAGCUCUCUUGCUGGCCAUGCUUUCCACCAUGGCCGCCAUUUAUGUCGCCGGCCGUCUGUGGCAGGAUGCUGCGGAUAGGGUUUAUUUGAUUCAGGAGCUUGAUAAUAGAAGUGGACAGGGAGAAUCUGCCAUAUCUGUCGACGACACGCUUAAAGUUAUAGCUUGCAGGGAGCAACAGAAGCAGUUGUCCACUCUUGAGAUGCAACUAGCUGCAGCAAGACAGGAAGGUUUUGUUCCAAAGAGCUUGUCAAAAAAUGAAGGGGCUCAUUCUAAGAAGAAGCUUCUAGCUGUUAUAGGAAUUUUUACAACAUUUGGCCGCAAGAAAAAUAGGGAUGCAAUUCGUAAGGCGUGGAUGCCUAGCGGUGCAGCACUAAAGAAAUUGGCAGAUGAAAAGGGCAUCGUUGUGCGAUUUGUAAUUGGAAGAAGCCCAAAUCGUGGAGACAGUUUGGACAGGCAAAUAGACAGAGAAAAUGAGCAGACCAAUGACUUCCUUGUUCUUGAUGGUCAAGUGGAGGCAUCUGAGGAGCGGCCAAAGAAGUUGAAGUCAUUCUAUAUUCAUGCUGUAGAAAAUUGGGAUGCUGAGUUUUAUGUUAAAGUCAAUGAUGAUGUUUAUGUUAAUAUUGAUGUCCUAGGAGCAACACUAACUGCGUAUUUGAAUAAGCCUCGUGUCUAUAUUGGGUGUAUGAAAUCAGGCGAAGUGUUCUCUGAGCCAACACACAAGUGGCAUGAACCAGACUGGUGGAAAUUUGGCGAUGCAAAAUCAUACUUUACGCAUGCUUCUGGUGAAUUGUUUGCCAUUUCUAGAGCAUUAGCUCAGUUUAUAUCCAUAAACAGGUCUAUUCUUCGUACAUAUGCUCACGAUGAUGUUAGUGCUGGAUCAUGGUUUAUUGGACUUGAUGUGAAGCACAUUGAUGAACGCAAGUUUUGCUGCUCCUCCUGGUUGCCAGGAGCAAUAUGUACAGCUGUGUGAUCUAACUUGUCUCACAACUCAAACAAGUACAUACAGAAAGGGAAUUCCAUUCAUUUACAGCAUUGCCUUCAAUGCCUUCUUUGACCCGGGAUUGGAGUGGUGUAGAGAUUUUUCUGCUGAAAGCUGAUUCAAGCAGCCUUAAAAGAAUGGAUGCUGAAUUAAGAGGUUAUAUGAGAACUUAUUUCUAUGCAUGUGCUGCCGAUCAGACUACUCUCAGAAGCUCUGGAUGCCGACAUCAUACAUUCCUCAUCAACGAUACCGGAAGUCAGGAGUCUUAAUCAUGUAUUAUACAUUAUACCUCUAUAUGUACUAUACCAUGUACUAUACCAUCAUUCUUCAAUUGCCCUAAUUUUACAUUUCAACCUAGGGAAGGAAUGAUUAUAUAGAAUUAUAUUUUUCUUUUGCUUC